UUUGUUUAUAAAUUCCCUCUCAGUUAUAAAACAUUACGGGCAGGAACGGCCCGUCAGUGUUGGACGGGUUGUGAUCCUCGACGUAACAUGUGUUACCGUUUGGUGCUUCUGCUUGUUGUGUUUACUUUCCGGUCCACGUCGUGUCAGCAGGCGGACCCCAGAACGUCCUCGAAUCGGCGACCAUGCGACACGGAACAAUUGGAAUACCGUCUGACCCGUCUCGAGGUCCAAGUGGGCGAGAAGUCGGAGCAUCUGCGUUCCGAAUUAAGGGAGGGAAACAGACGUCUACAGUCACUGGAGUACCAAUCCAACGAGGCCCAUUCGGCGUUGGAGAGCCUCAAGAACGAGCUGAGCAGGUACACCAGCAUUGAGCACGACCCUUACAGGAGGCAAAGCUGCGAGGGCACAUCGAGAUUGGAAAAGAGGAUCGACAAUUUGGCCAAGGGCGUUCAGAUAUUCGUUGCGGCUUUAAAGGUCGUCACUUCCGACGUAGGAUGGAUCAGCAAGAACAUGUCCAGCAUUGCGAAUGUCACGGACACGUUGCUUCAGCACCACCAUCACUUAGUGACGAAGCAAUUCCUAACCAACUCAUUGAUAGACAUCAAGCUGGCCCAACUCAGCCAUCAUCAUCAGACGUCUGCGAAUUAUGUCUCUCACUCAAAUCACAACUCCUCGGUGCCCAAAAAUUGCAAGGAAGUGAUGGAGACGGGCAAAACUACUUCUGGAGUCUACCUAAUACAACCCAGCCCCACAGAGAAGCCCUUUAUGGCUUUGUGCAACAUGGAAACCCGAGGUGGAGGCUGGACUUACAUCCACAACAGGUUUGAGGGGUCUCAAGACUUUUUCUUGAACAUGUUCGACUACAAGGUUGGAUUUGGUAACUUGGCAGGGGAGUUUUGGCUUGGAUUGGACAAAAUUCAUCUCCUGACAGGGUCGGAGAUUAAUGAGCUUUUGAUCGAGUUGGUCGACACCAAUGGCAAGAAAGCUUUUGCCCAAUAUUCGGCCUUCAGUGUUGGGUCUGAACUGGAGGAGUACGCCCUUAAAGUUCUUGGAGGUUACAGUGGAGAUGCUGGAGACUCCUUAACAUACCAUGCUGGAAGCAGGUUUAGCACCAAAGACAUGGAUAGGGAUGGCUGGGAAGAUGGUAACUGUGCCCAUGCUCAUGGGGGUGCCUGGUGGUACAGGGGUUGUGACACCAGCAACUUGAACGGUAAAUACCUGAACGGGGAGGUGCCGGAAACCUACAUGUAUCAAGGUAUGUACUGGGGUGAGUUCAGGGGUCCCCAAUACAGUUUGGCCCAGGCUAGGAUGAUGGUGAGGCCGAGGGAGGACAACCAACAGCCUAUUUUACCCGGGGAGCAAUAUCUUAAGAGUAAUUGAAGUUGUUUGACGCUUAAGCUUUAUGUGUUCAUGGAUUUGCCAUAACUUUCACUGCCUCAUCUACAUAUUUGAACGUACAAAAUGUUAAUACAUAUUUUUACAAUUAUA